AUGCAUGCAUCAUUUUCAUUUAUUUAUCAGCUCACAUCAUCAUCACCAUUGUCUGUGAUACGAUCAUCAUUUCUAUUAUCGAUGAUAAUUGCAAUGAAUUUGAUAUAUCCAAUACGAAUGUUAUCGAACAAUGAUGACAAUAGCAAUAAUUCGAUUCUUGUCAAACAACAGCAACUACAACACAGGCAUCUAAAUAAUAUAAUGGUUCAUAUGGAUAAUAUGGAUCCGGAUAUUGAAAAAAAUUCGAUAACGGCAGCAACACGAGCUAGCUCGAUUAAUACGACAACCACAACAUUAUUAUCCGAAACAUUAGAAUCGGUAGCGGCAUUAUUAUCAUUAUUAUCAUCAGCACCAAAAUCAAUAUCGAUAAAAGAACGUAAUCGCCUUAUACGAAUGGUUGAUAAAGUUGUAAAAUUGGCAAAUGAAAUUCUUGAUCUGAAUUAUACGACAACGGCAGCAGCUGAUAAUAUGGCCAUGUCGAUAAACAAUAAUUCUGUGCAGGAUUCUAAUGAAAGAAAUCUAGGUAAAACAAUACCAACAGAUUUAUUUAAUCCAUGUCAUUCAACAAUUGAUGUUGAUUUGAUUCAUCAUAUGGACAAUAAUUAUCGAUAUCGAUUAGAUCAUACAAAUGAAUUGAUUGAUAAUGUCAAUGAUGGUGAUGAUGAUGAUCCACGAUUCAAUAGACGUAAAAAUCAAAUUGGUUAUGAUCUUUUACAAGAAAUGAUUGAACGUUCGAAUCAUCUGAAAGGAUUGGUUACCGAUAUGAUUCGUAAAAAUCUUAUAAAAGAUUGUCUUAGACUUAAAAUACCGAAUAUAUUUCGAUUACCAGAUCCACCACAUAAUAAUAUAUCAAAAUCGAUGAUUAUAAUCUAUCAAACAUUGGCAAAUCAAACGGCACAUUUAUAUUCAUUAUGGAAUCAACAUCGGCGAUAUUCGGAUCAGAAACAACAAAAUCCAUUGAAUGAUUGUUGGUUUUAUCGGCAUCAUGUUGAAAUGAUUGCAACGAAACAACAACAACGAAAACGACAACGACAAUCGAAUACUGGUGAUACGAUGAUACCGGGUUCGGUGGAUAACCAUAAUGAUGAUGGUCAAACAAUGGCAAUUGCAACAAGAAUAAAAGAAAAACGAUUAAUGACACAAGAAAAUUUCUUUGCCGUUAGUGAUAAUUUACGUAGUCUAUUAUGUUACCUGAAUCAAGCAAUACAUUUGUUUCAAAUACCAGUACCGAUUGAACAAAUAAUUCACCAGGUAUUAUCACAUGGUAUCGAUUCUAUCGAACGGCAACAACGAUCCUGUUCAAGACAAUCGAUAUUCGAAUGUCAAUUGAUGCGUGAUGCUGUACAAUUGUUGAAUGAUCUGGAACAAUUUCUUCGUAAUGAAUCACAUCGUUUUUUGGCAACAACGACAAAAUAAUUUUGUUUGUUUGUUUGUUUGUUUACACGAUGUAAAUAUUGAUUUGAAAUUCAAA